UGGCGGAGGCGGAGCCGAGCGGUGCUUCGAGCGGGUCCCCGCGGGCUGACGGAACGGCCGCAGCCGCGCCACGGGCAGAGCCAUGGGGCUGCCGGGGCUGCUGGUGGGGCUCUUCGUCGUGCCCGCUGUGCUGGUGAGCACCGGCCUUCGCCACGGCGCCCCGCGGGCCGAGCCGGAGCCGGCCGAGGUGGAGGCGGCCGAGGGGGAGCCGGCCUGGGGCGCCGUCCCCGAGGACUCGCUGUGGCCGCUGCCGCAGUGGCUCCGCACGUCCGGCCGCCAGCUGCAGCUGGCCCCCGGCCGCUUCCAGCUGGUCCACGGCGCCGGCUCCUCGGCGGGGCCGGCCUGCGGUCUGCUGCAGGACGCCUUCCGCAGGUACUACGAGUACAUGUUCGGGCAGUCUCGCCGGCGGAAGCGGGGCCGCAGGCCGCUCGGCGCCCGGGCGGAGCCCGAGCUGGUGCAGCUGCAGGUGGUGAUCGACUCCCGGGACCCCGGCUGUCACAGCUACCCGCACCUCGCCGCCAGCGAGGCCUAUCAUUUAACUGUAACUGAGCCUGUGGCUAUACUGAAAGCAGAUGAGGUAUGGGGCGCUUUAAGAGGCUUGGAAACCUUCAGCCAGUUGGUUCAUGAAGAUGACUAUGGAAGCUUUCUUGUCAAUGAAUCUGAAAUCGAUGACUUCCCAAGAUUUGCUCAUAGAGGAAUCUUACUAGAUACUUCAAGGCAUUAUUUACCAUUGAAAUCUAUUCUUACAAACCUGGAUGCCAUGGCUUUUAACAAGUUCAAUGUUCUGCACUGGCAUAUAGUAGAUGAUCAGUCAUUCCCCUACCAAAGUAUUUAUUUUCCUGAGUUAAGUGACAAGGGAGCAUACUCCUAUAACCACAUCUAUACUCCUACUGAUAUCCGUCUGGUGAUUGAGUACGCCCGGCUAAGAGGCAUUAGAGUUAUUCCAGAGUUUGAUACUCCAGGACACACACAGUCUUGGGGAAAAGGUCAAAAAGAUCUUCUCACCCCUUGUUACAGUGGAGAACAGCCAACUGGGUCCUUUGGACCUGUAAAUCCCAUUUUGAAUACAACUUAUGACUUCAUGACAAAAUUCUUCAAAGAGAUCAGCAGUGUAUUUCCAGAUGCAUACAUUCAUUUGGGAGGAGAUGAAGUGAACUUCGAUUGUUGGAAAUCUAAUCCUGAAGUGAAAGAGUUCAUGAAGAAGCAAGGAUUUGGCACUGACUAUGCUAAACUGGAAUCUUACUAUAUUCAGAAGAUUUUGGAUAUUGUUUUCUCCUAUAACAAAGGAUACGUGGUCUGGCAAGAAGUGUUUGAUAACAAAGCGCAGCUGAAACCAGACACUGUAGUUCAAGUGUGGAUGGAGAACAACUAUGCUCAUGAACUGAGCAGUGUCACUGGAGCUGGGUUUACUGCUAUCCUGGCAGCUCCCUGGUACUUAGACUAUAUCAGUUAUGGGCAAGACUGGAAGAAAUACUACAGCGUUGAACCGCUUAACUUCCCUGGAUCUGAAAAACAGAAAAAGCUCUUAAUAGGUGGAGAAGCCUGCCUGUGGGGGGAGUUUGUGGAUGCAACUAACCUCACACCAAGAUUAUGGCCUCGAGCAAGCGCUGUAGGGGAAAGACUCUGGAGCAGCAGGAAUGUGACCAACUUGCAUGAUGCCUAUAACAGACUGACUAAUCAUCGAUGCCGCAUGCUCCGCCGUGGCAUAGCAGCCGAACCUGUGUUUGUUGGGUAUUGUGCCCAUGAAGCAAGAGGGGAGUAGCUGCUGCAAAGACGUCUAGUCAACAACCUGAAGUGCCUCUGGGGUAUGAAUGUAUGUACAUGCAGUUUGAUAUCUGAACCAAAACUUAAAAUUUUCACUUUCAAAAUAAAGUUAUUAUUUGACAUGC